GUUUUAUAUUUUUAUCUAGGAUAGACAAUUUCAAAUUUUUCCCGCACUGGAAAUGGAAGAAUUUCACAUUGCGCUUGCGCAAGAACUGUCAUGUCUUUUUAAAUCUCUUCCGGUUUUAUCAGUGGUGUUAAAAGUGCUGUUUUCGUCGAAAACAGAAUGAAGUUCAACAAGUUAGUAACCUCUUCGAGGAGGAAAAAUCGUAAAAGGCACUUUACUGCUCCUUCACACAUUAGGAGAAGGCUAAUGUCCGCACCAUUGUCUAAAGAACUUAGACAGAAAUAUAAUGUUCGGUCCAUGCCCAUUCGAAAGGACGACGAAGUUCAGGUAGUUCGCGGACACUACAAAGGUCAGCAAGUUGGCAAAGUAAUCCAAGUUUAUAGGAAAAAAUUUGUCAUUUACAUUGAGAGGAUUCAAAGAGAAAAAACCAAUGGAGCCACCGCUUAUGUUGGAAUUGACCCCUCAAAGACUGUUAUUGUCAAAUUAAAAAUGGACAAGGAUCGCAAAAAGAUUAUCGACAGGAGAGGAAAGGGCCGUCUUGCUGCUUUGGGCAAAGACAAAGGAAAGUACACUGAAGAAACCGCUGCUGCUAUGGAAACGUCGUAGGUUAAAGCACCAUAUUUUGUACUACAAAAAUAAAGUGUUUUAAAUAUUUA